AUGAGCGGCCCCCAGCAGAAGCGCAGUCGGGCGAACACCUCAGGAGAUGACGGUGACACGUCGCAGCCGACGACCAAGCUGUGGACAGCGUUGGAGCCAUCUCCGAUUGUCCGUUUCUCGCACGAGGCUCUCGUCAAGUGGCGGCGGGAGCGGGAGCUAUACGAGGCGGCAGUGAUUGCACGCUGCCAGGAGUCGGGUGAGUCGCUGGCUACUGUCAUGAGGCCGAUGAUCUCCACCAUCCACCGCCGGUUGCUCAAGACAUUUUGUGAGUUGGAAUUGAAGACUUCAGUGAGCGAGAUGACGAACGACAGGCUGAUCGCAGCAAUUAACCAGAUCUUGGCGACAAUGAUGAACGACCAGAUCCCGAAUGUUCAUGCGAUCAUGAACCAGCACCUAAGGAUGGACCUUCGCCAGAAGGAUGUGAAGGCCAGGGUUUUGAACUAUUUCGACAAGUUUGAUGAACUCAUCGAAGAAUAUGGCUUGAGUGAGCAUGUUUUGCUGUACCAAGACCUAGAUCCGACGGUGAAGCUCAGUGUACCGCGCUUGUUUGAUCGACCGACAUUCAAGAAGCGCGAUGCUGCACCUGCUCAGGGCUGUCUGCACUGCAAGGGCACUCAUUGGGUCUGUGGUGUAGUACCCCCCGGAAGAAGUGGGCGCACCGGGCGCCGGAGGAAGAAGGCACCGGGACGCGAGUGA